AUGGCAGGCGGCGGAGUGUUUGGCAUGUUUGGCGCGGCCGCCCAGCACCUCCAGAGCGACCAGGGCGGCGCCGCAGGCGCCACGGGCAAUGCAGCCGGUAGCACCGCUUUCGACUGGAGCGAACCGGGCAGGACCAUGGACCUCACCUUCCUGCUCGACGCCACCGGAUCCAUGGGCAGCUACAUCAACUCGGCCACCAAAAACAUCGAGACUAUCUGCGAGAAUAUCAUCCACUCGGAGCAGCUCUCUGGGCCCGGCGCGCUGCGCAUCGGUCUGAUCGCCUACCGCGACCAUCCACCACAGGACCACACCUACAUUGUCAAGAACUUUGGCUUCCAUACCGAGGUCGACAAGGUCAAGGAGAACCUCAAGAGCCUCUUUGCGUCCGGCGGUGGAGAUGGGCCCGAGGCCGUGACGGCGGCCAUGAAGGCUGCCCUCGACCUCGACUGGCGGCCCAAUGCGACCAAGCUGGCCGUCCUCAUUGCCGACGCACCACCUCACGGCAUCGGCGAGUACGGCGACGGCUUCUCGGACGGCUCUCCCGACGGCGAGGACCCGCUGCGUCUGGCCAGGCGGUUCGCCAAGGCCGGCAUCCCGCUCUUCAUGAUUGCCUGCGAGCCGGCGCUCUCCGGCUACAUGAACGCCACCGACUUCUACCAGGGCCUCGUCCGCAUCACGGGCGCCAUGCUCGUGCCCCUGACGACGGCGAGCCUGCUCAGCCACGUCAUCCUCGGCCUGGCGGGCGAGGCCAUGGACCUGGACCGACUGCACCGCGAGAUUGGCGACGCCGUCGCCGAGCGGCUGCGCAGCCUCAGCCUCGAGGGCGGGCAGAGCAACCCGAUGGACGACGUCGCGCGCGAGCUCCACGAGCGUCUGCUGCUCCGCAACGAAAACACCAAGCAGCUUCACAUCGAGAGCAUCUACCGGGACUCGGAAGAGUCGCGGCACAACGUCCAGAUCUGGAGCUCCGCAGCGGACCUGGCCAGCGCGAGGCCACACAUCCUCAAGGUCUCUGGCUCUCGGCUGAGCGACAAGUACCUCCAGACGCGCCGGGCCGCGUCGUCAUACAAGCCCUACACACCCUUCCCGCACCCUCCCAGCGCGCCAGCAGCCUCGUCGUCGAGUUCGGCCCUGUCUGCGAGCUCGCCUCCCCGCUCGGGCACGUCUGGCUCGCGGCGUGUCAUUUCCGACUUUAGCGCCUUUUCGGCGUCGCCGGGAAUGUCGGUGCAGGCGUCCGGGUCACCGCCUUCGCAGUCGUCGCCGACGUUUGGGGGCACGUCGCCCCGGUUCGGCGGGGCCGGGUUCGGGUACAAGGGUCCGGAGGGCUUCAGCUACCGCGGCAGGGAUGCCGCCAUGGACGACGACGACGAAGACGACGAGGGUGCACCUGCAAAGGACUCCAAGACGCUGCCCGUGGCCGUCGAUGCGGACGGCGUGAUCCAGGUCGAGGGAGAGGAUGGGCAGAAGCUGGCCUACAGGCAGGGCGCCAUCAGCCUCGAGCAGGUGCGGAGGCUAGCCAUGCAGAGCGCGUACCGCGGCGGUCUCGCCGACAGCUAG